AUGCCAGAGGAUGAAACCGCUCUCCCCAGCACAUCAAAGCAAUUCCAAGCGCACGAGAUCAUAGGCCAAUCAAGUCAGGAUGACGACUAUAUGGGGUACCGAUUUGCGACGGAAAUAAAACAAGAAGCAUUGGAGGAGUCGGACCUGCAUUGUUACGAGGAGAUGGAAAACGAACGUUCCUCGUCCGGAUCCAGGAAUUCUGGGAAGAGUGUAAGUUGGAUUUUUUUUUGAAUCUUCAAAGGAAGUGUUUCAAGUGCGACGCUCAGAUUUUGAAAAAUUUGCGGUUCAAAUUGUUCAAGUUUGAGCUUGCGGUGUGAAGAAGGAGCGGGAGAUGUAAGGGUGAUCAGAGAAGUUCGGAAUUUUGGCAAGAAAAGUUUCAUGCCUAUUUCCACUGUGAUGUUUCCAGAAAAAACCGUGUUUUCCACGCUGAAUUGGCAAUGGCAACGUUAUGGCCAUAGGUUGUUUUACUCUCUAUCCGCUCUCUGCGCUUCGCAUACUCUCUCGGCGGCACAGAAAUGAAUAUAAAGGUGGCCACAGAAGUUCUCGACUUUUAUUUUUGCUGGUGAAUUUCGGUGCAAAAAUGGGUUGAGAUUGAUUUUGAAAAGUCAGUGCACAUCUAAAUUUUCGAUCUGCGCUGUUUUUUCAAGGUCAAUCUCAGUCCAUUUUUGCACUGAAAUUCGACGCAGAAGCGAAAAUAAAAGUCGAGAACUGACCACCUUUGUAUUUAUUUCCGUGCCGCCGAGAGAGUAUGCGAAGCGCGGAGAGCGGACGGAGAGUAAGACAACCCUUGGCCAUAACGUUUCCUUUGCCAAUUUCACGUGGAAAAGAUGGUUUUUUCUGGAAACAUCACAGUAGAACUAGGUACGAAACUUUCAUUGCCAAAAUUCCGAACAUCUCUGAUCACCUUUAUAUCUCCUCAGCUUCUGCAUAGCGCAAGCUAAACUUCUUAAAUUGAAUUUCAGUCUCUCAUCUCCGAAACCAAAUUUCCCGACAUUGUGUCGGAACUGAUGAUAACCCACUUGCACAGCGGAUUCAAUCAAUAUAUUUGCCAUGAAAAAGUGGAAGCCGAUAUCGCCGAAAAAUUCCCGCAUUUGGUGGGCCCCACACUUCGUAGUCGAAUCCGCGAUUCCUGGAGACGUUGCAAGACCUUGGCGAGAAAAAAGGAACGAAUCGGGAAGAAGAUGAAUGAGGUAGGCCGACAUUUUUUAUCCUAAAAAUCCUCUUUUUAGCGUGAUCUACGAAUCAUAGACGCCCUGAAUGAAGCAGCGAUAAGAUCAACCUUUGUGGGCCAUGUAAGCGUGUCGCAUAGCAAGGCUGCGGUCUGUGCUGCGAUUUCGUCCUAUUUUCAAGGACGGGAUCCGACCGACCAGCUGGACGAGGACUUGGGGGCCUACGUAGCUUGGAGCUUCAUUGAAGACCAUGUGGAAAAACAUCAUCCGCGCAACAAAUGGGCGCUUUGGAAUGUUUUCAAAGACAUUGCCACGUUUGCAGAGACAAAGAUGCAAAAAGGCGAAAAAUUGAACAGAGUAGGGAUUUUUUUUAUUCCAAAAAUACAGAUCUUUAAGAAAUUUGAGUACCGAAAGGUAGAUGCAGUGACGGACCUGAUCCAGCGGUAAAAAACGUACCAUUUAGUAUCCGGGAAGCAUAAAAAUAUUGCAAAAUGCUUCCCUAUCCAAGUGAAAAGACUAAAAACGUACCAUUUUGCAUCCGGGAAGUACCAAAAAAUGUAGCAAAACAGCUCCCCCUCCAAGUAAAAAACACCGUUUUGAAAGGCGGCCGUUCCCUCACAAAAAGAGCGGCAUUUGAAAACGGAGUUUUUUCGCUUGGAUGGGGAAGCAUUUUGCCACAUUUGAUACUUCCCGGAUGCAAAAUGACACUUUUUUUGCCACUGGAUUAGGUCCCCACUGUAGCCUAUUGUCUAACAAAAGAAAAAAAUUACACUUUAUUCUCUUGUGAUUUGCUCUACAGAGGGUUGAAUUUAUUUUUUAACUGAUAUUUUUGUUUAGGGAGAGGAAAUUGUAACUACAUUAAUAAGUCUUCAUCCAAGCUUGGCCAAACCAGAAAUGCCUCUGCCUUCCCUUUGUGGGCUCUCCGAGAGGGCUGACAGUGAGGAGCGCCCAACUACAAGUAACACCACACCUAAUCCAUCCAAUAAUUCGACCCAAGAGGUGAUCGAAAUCGACUCCGAUGGUGAUAAUCCCAAAAAGAAGCAAGAAGUCAGACCCAGGACCAUUCGAGUGAUCAGGAAGCCAGCUAAAGUUGCAUCAGGGCCUUUUGUCGUUAUUGAAACUGCUAAACGCCGGAUUGUGCAGAACACAACGUCAAACAAUGUUACCUAUGAUGCGCAGACACAAGAAAUUGAGCCCUCGCCUUUCAAGUCGAUUCGAGUUGUCCGAAGGCCGAUAAAUUUGGAGACAAGUACACCAUCGACCAGUUUCGAGCAAGAAAUCGACAGCUCUAUUGGAAUUUACGACAGAAGUAAAAGCGGAAUGACUGGACAGCCAAUCGUGCAAUCUAGGACAAAUACGCUGAGACCCGGUGGAGUGAGGUUUCAAUUGACACCGUCAAACGUCAAUAGGCUCCCUGCAACCUUGAAUGUUUCUGGAAAUUCGUCGCAAAAUGUUCCAAACGAUCCAGGAAGAGUAAGUUUAUAAGAAUUUUUUACAAGCUCAAGGCGUGAAAAUCACUCCAGCAACAUUGCAAAUGGACUAGUAACAGACAAGUUCAGAGGUCUCAAUAGUCAAUUCCAGACUAAAAAUAACCUCCUUAUGAUUGUUUCAAGAAAUGUGAAGGAAAGUAAUCGCCGAUUUCUCAGCUGAGAAGCUUGAGAUUUUACACACUGGAAGUGGAAGCGGUACAGUGGGGGACCCGAUCCAGUGGCAAAAAACGUACCAUUUUGCAUCCGGGAAGUAUCAAAAAUGUGGGAAAAUGCUUCCCUCUCUCUCCAAGUGAAAAAACCCCCGAUUUCAAAAGCGCGCCCAUUCUUUUUGAGAGGGAGCCCUUCAAAUCGAAGUUUUUUCACUUGGAGAGGGAAGCAUUUUGCCACAUUUUUGAUACUUCCUGGAUGCAAAAUUGUACGUUUUUUGCCACUGGAUCAGGUCCAUCCCUGUAUAAUUUCAUUCUCAAAAGUUUCAUAGUGGCUGAAUACAAAAUAGUUCAGCAGAGAGAAUCUCCGGUCAUUUCCAACUGAAAAAUUGCCGAUUUUGGCGAAAAAUUUGCCAUUUUCGAACGGCUCUCUGAACUGAUUUUGCAUUCUGUCGCUAUGAAAUUUUUGAGAAUGAAAUUGUAACGUUUCCACUCCCAGUGUGCAAAACUUGAAGCUUCUUCGAUGAGAAAUCGGUGGUUACCUUCCUCCACAUUUCUUGAAACACCAUAAGGAGGUUAUUUUUGGCCUGGGAUUGACUCUUGAGACCUCUGAACUUGUCUGUUACUGGUCCGUUCGCAAAAUCGCUGGAGUGAUUUUUGUCUUUGUUUGCGUAAAAACAACUUCUAAUCUGUUCUUUCCAGCCUCCAAACAAGACUCUCCCGCUUCGCCAAUGGCUCAAUGUGGUGGAUUAUUGUCGCCGAACCAACCAGGUCUUCAGUUUCGACGGCGACGCCGUAAUCUUCAGUGAUCCCGCCGCGCCAGGCUACGAGAUUCGGCUCCCAUUGGAUCGCGUGGCCAGUAUUGUUUAA